CGUCUCAUCGGUUUGCUGCUAGAUUUGCGCCCAGGUGCCUUUCUACAGAUCGAAGGGCGCGUUACACGAACGAAACCACAAACAUCAUCGAAGACAGCUGGUGUGUGCACUCUUACCCUUUUUUCCUUGUCGUCGCUUUCCUUUUUCUCCCUCACCACUUUUCUCCUUUUUUUUUUUUCCCUUUCGUGCUCUGCUCUGCUCAUAGGGUUUUAAAAUACCACCACUCCGUUCCUAGCAGUCGUUUGGAAUUAUCAAGCCAGACUUCCAGCUGACUGUUCACAUUCAGGUUUAAAUAUCUUAUUUUCCUUUCCUACUUUGUCCGCUCAGAUCCCCAGUGUAAAGGAAAUGUCAAGGGCAAGUUUUGUGUCGAUUUUGAACAACGAUGACAACCCGGCAUUCGCGGUUCGAUCGGCUUACGGGAUACCCAAACAUUAUCCCACCUCUUCACAUCACUAUUCAUUGGAGCCUCCAGCAAGGGUCACGCCAGAUUAUCACUAUGGCCGCACAUACUCCGACUCCCCGUCCCCGAGGGUAAUGCGGCAACCAUUCGAUCCUGUCACAGAGGCCACCCGCGCAACAUCACCGGGUUCUUCAGAUUGUUCUUCUUACGAUUAUGCUGCCAGCUCUGCAAGCUCAUACCACGCACACUAUCCUAGCCGUCAGGAUCCUUACGCUUACCAACAACACCCGGAAAAGCGGCUCAGCGCCAACUCCAUGGCGGAACCGCCGUCUCCUCAAACAUCGAUUGCCAGCACCUCGAAAGAGUCUAUUGCUCCAAAACCAGCUCGCAAAAACAAGUACCCCUGCCCAUUUGCCGCCAGUCACGCCUGCACUGCUACCUUCACAACGUCAGGACAUGCAGCACGGCACGGUAAAAAGCAUACGGGCGAGAAGAGCGUGCAUUGCCCGAUUUGCAACAAGGCGUUUACCCGGAAAGACAACAUGAAGCAACAUAUCAGGACGCACCGAACACAUUCCGAUGAUAUGUCCUCAAACCCGUCUCAACGAAGUCCGGAAAUGAGCCGGGAAUGGGAGGCCAGGAGAAACAAUACUUUGUACGAUAACUAGAUUUGGGAUGUAUGUUCUCGGAGAUACGACUGUCUACGAUGACACGAGGACGACGAUUCCGAUGUGAAAGCAGCAGCCACCAUCACAGGGCUCCUUGCGUUUCGCCAUCAUGAAACAUGGUGAAUAAUGGAUGUCCGAGAGGACCUUUAUCCUCUUAGGUUCCCAGCAU